CACAAUCAUGGGCUCGGAUUCUUUGGUGGACUUCUGUGAGAGGUCACUGUUAUGCCAGCCGACUAAACUCAACUCCACGAUUCACGAUGGAGUUGAGCGGUGACUAGUGUGGGCGACUGGAGUUCGAACGUCACAUAAAAUAAAGCUUUUAAAAUCAAAAUCGAUGGAUUUCCACACCCAAAGAAUAAGCCGCGUUUACAAAGAACAAUGUCAUGGAGUUGUUUAGUCGGCUACUGUUAUGCCUGAAUUGAACCCAAAACCAACGAGGAAGUCUGCUGCAGUGUUGAGAGCGGUUGAAUGAAAACAAUCGGAUCUAAGUUGAGUCAGCGAUGGCAGGACAUUCAGGUAGCCCCCAGGUAGUUCUAAAGACAGAGGAACAGUCCAAUAGAGUCAUCUUCACCUACUUCCAGGGUGACAUCGGUAGCAUGGUGGACCAACACUUCAACCGUGCCCUCAGCAAGGCCAGUAAGACCAAGGCCCCCAGCGGGAAGGGCAAAAAGAGCCGCAAGGCUGUCAAAUCUGAGUCUGACUCAACAUCUUGCCAGUGGGUUGUUCCAACCCCAUCUUGGUCUGAAGACCAUUUUCCCCCUGUGUCUGGUCGACUUCAUCUGAGCAGCACCAAUGAGUCUCUUUCCAGCCACCGCCUGGCUCUCAGCUCCCCAGAUGAGAGCACCAACCCAUUGGCCUUCGCUCCUAGGCAACAUGGUGGUAUGGGCCUGCCUGCCAUGGCCUAUCCUCACUCCAUGUCCCAUGAGGGCCUGGGGGUCACUGGACAGCCUUACACCAACUCCCUGCUCAAUCUCCUCCAUAGUGACCGGUCAGAGGUGGCUGCAGGCGUGGCCUCGGGCUCCAAACCAGAGCUCCUCCCUAGCUGGAUGGGUCAACCUGCCUUCAGAGACCCCAUGAACCCUGACUCAGGUCUGCAGAAAAGGGAACUCUAUUGGUAUUAAAUGAAACAUGACCGCGCAGGGAAGAGAGGAGUCUGCAACAUGUGCAUGCUGUGUUCACUCCUCUGGUUAUCAGACAGGCCUCCUCCACAGCCACUAGAAGAAGGAACUGCCGGUAACUCUCCGCUCUGUUCCUCUUCAAAGGAUGACUUCAGUUCCUCGCAAUGCAACAGCUGGAACUGCCUCUUAGAAACAAAUCACUUACUGACUAACCAGUUUGCAAACCGGAUCAUAAUUCACAUCAAAGACCAAGGUGACAACCACUGCUAGUCGCCAGUAUGCUGCCUACAACUCAAUAACUUUUAUACACAAGGACAGCGAGAGAGGGAGGGAGCGGGAGAAGGGGAGUGUUUUGCAUGUGUAAGAAAAACCGUGUUAUGUCAAAAGUAGCCUGUAUCGACUGUGGAGAAAAUUUACAAUGUUUUUUAAGAUUAUUUUAUUGAAAUGUUGGUGUUUAGGAAUAUCUGUUUCCUCUGAUGUGUGGACUUCUAAAGGAGGGGGUUUUGAUGUGAUUUGCAGUUGUGAUAUGGAAACAGAAACUGUUUUCAUUUUUUUGCACGUAGCAAAUUAAUGAAAUGCAGUUGAUAUCCUAAUAAAUGAUUGCCAAAGUAACCAUGAAAAUGAAAGAUGUUUAUGAAGAGGUUUUUGUUAUUCAGAGAUUUCUGAUGAGAAUACCAAGUAGACGAUCUGUAGGAAUUGACACAAACCUCUUUUACUGUAAUAAUUGAGUUGUGAUUCGUGAUUAAACAUUCAAAAAAUAAUCUGUUCCAUCUUAAAAGUAGACUCAGUGAAAUGACAUUGCCACGAGCAGCAUCGCAUAUUUUGAGAUGAGCAAGAUGCAAGACUUUGCUCCCACACAGUCACACACAGUAUCUCUGCAUGGGUUCACUUCACCCUGUUAGAGCGUGGUAGCCACAGGACCAAAACGGGAGAAGUUGAGCCUUGCUGUUUACUUUCUGCAUCUACGUCAUAUCGCUGAGUCUACCUUUAAUGAAGUGGAAAUACAUGAUGAACUGGAUCAGUUGAGAUAUCUCUCGCCUGGCAAGUGCACAUAGUUUACAUUACUUUCACAGGAACAGACCUCAAGCCAUUUAGAACAAGUGUGACAAUACUGCCAUCCUGUGGCUGAAAAUAAGAAGAGGAAAAAGGUGCCAAAUGUAUUUCAUUUUCAAACUGAAAUAAAUA